AUGGAGAACAGGGGAGCUCCAGCCCUGGUUCGUAUCAAUGUUACAGUUCCUAAGGAAGGCCUGAAGAGUCAAUCUUUGUUUGAAGAAAUCCGUAUGACGUACAUUAAAGAGCUGGGAAAGGCCAUAGUGAAAAGAGAAGGGAACUCAAGCCAGAACUGGCAGCGAUUUUAUCAACUGACUAAACUGUUGGACUCUAUGCAUGAGGUGGUUGAAAAUCUUCUGAGCUUUUGCUUCCAGACAUUUUUGGAUAAAUCCAUGAGUAUUGAGUUCCCAGAAAUGUUGGCAGAAAUCAUCAGCAAUCAGAUGCCAAAAUAUUCAAAUGGAAAUAUCAAGAAGCUCUUAUUUCAUCAAAAGUGACUGCCUUAAUACAAAAGGGUUGCCUUAAGAAAACGUCAAAUGAUAGCUUUUUUUUUCGUAAAGAAAAAACCUACCAGACUUGUUAAUUUUGUCCUUGCAGCGGUGUUUCUUUUGUAAUUAUGCACUACAUGUGGUUUACAGAGGGCCAAGAUUUAGGCUAUAGAAGCAGCGGAUUUCUCACAUUUGGUAAAAAACUGGGGAGAAAGGAAAGGAAAAUAAACAUUAUUUGUCAGAAAUUACGUAUCUCCCCUCGUGCAACACCCAUGGAUGCAUCAAGACCACCGGUGACAAGAUCUGAGGCUGUGUUACGAACAUUCUGCUAAUUAAUUUCUGCAGUUGGCUGGAGACAAUUUUCUAGGCUUUUUUUUUUUUUUUUAAAGUGUUUUGGAUUUUUUUUUUUUUUUUUUUUUUUAAAGUUAAGGUAGCGUUUUGGUUUAUGCAUGUAACCUGAAGAAAGUUUACAAGUGUAUAUCAGAAAAGGGAAG